AUAUACAUGAGCGUGCUACCUACAUUCAGUGCAGGAUAGUCUAUAAGAUAGUUAAUGUAUGGACACAUUACAUCCAAGUCGGAAUUAUAUUCAAUUUCCCGAAUAAAUAUAAAAUUCUAGAGUUGUACAAAUAAAUAAAACUAGUUUUAACUACAUUAUCAUCAGUUAAAAUUAAAUACUGUUGAACAAUACCCACCGUUCGUUGCACGUGAUUGUCUUUUCUGAUUGAUUUUGGCGCUCGUUUUUUGUGUGGUAAAAAGCUCUCCGCCAUGUCGGGAAAACCGAAAAAGACUGCUAAUAAACCGACAUCCACGUCCGGUGCCCAGUCGGUGUCCUCGUCAGCAUCCUCCGUAUCCAGUAUGGCAGAAUCCUCGGAAACUGCUCUCAGUCCCUCGCGGCGAAGUCGAUUGCAUGAGAAGAACAGCCUCAUGAACCUCAACGACCGUCUUGCGUGCUACAUCGAACGUGUUCGAUUUUUGGAACAAGAAAACUCUAAACUGUCACUGGAACUGUCUUCUUGCCAGGAAACGGCUUUACGUGAAGUCGCUAGCCUCAAGGCGAUUUACGAGAACGAGUUGACCGAUGCGAGAAAACUGCUGGAUGAAACGGCGCGGGAUAAAGCCAAGGUAGAAAUCGACGCCAAACGGUACUGGGAGGAAAACGAUCAGCUGAGGGUUAAGCUAAACAGGAAGAUUAAGGAACUCACCGAAGUGGAUAAGGAAGCACGGGCUAAUGAAGCGAGAUGUAUCGAGCUGACGGCCAAUUACAACAGCAUCUGCACUGAAAAGAAGAAACUUCAAGAAGAAUUACGCGAAGCGGAUAUGGAAUCGGCAAAGCUACGGAAGUCAUUUGAAUCUAUGCGGAAGGAUCUGGAGCAUGAAACGCUGAUCCGAGUUGACCUGGAGAACAACAUACAAAGUCUUCGUGAAGAAAUCACCUUCAAGGAUCAAGUUCACAAUCAGGAACUCUCGGAAAGCAAAAUGCGUCGUCAGACCGAAAUUAGCGAAAUCGAUGGCUAUCUGCUGGAUCAAUACGAAACCAAGAUGCAACAAACUCUGCAGGAACUACGUGAUCAGUACGAAACACAACUGAACAUGAACCGCGAUGAAAUGUCCGAGCUAUACGAUGUUCGAAUUCAGAACUUGGAAAGCAGACUUGCCCAGGAGCGCGUCCAGCACGAAGAGGAACGACGGAAGCUUGAAAUGGAAGUCAACCGGCUGCGGGACGACAUGGCUGUUCAGCUUAAAGAAUACCAAGACCUUAUGGAUAUCAAGAUCUCGUUGGAUAUGGAAAUCGCUGCCUACGAUAGGCUGCUCUCGUCGGAGGAAACUCGCCUCAACAUCACCCCUAGCGUAACCAGCACCACUUCAGCCGGAUUGAGCACUUCUUCGCGGCUGUUUCGCACCCCGUCAUACAAACGAAAACGCACUGCUUUGGACGAUUCCGUGGACUACUCUGUCACCUCGUCAGCCACGGGAGACCUGGAACUAGCCGAGUGCGACCCGGAAGGCAAGUUUGUGAAAGUGCACAAUAAAUCAAAUCAAGCUCAGAAACUUGAGGGUUGGCAAAUUGUUCGCAAAACUGAAUCCAGCGAAAUGAAGUAUAAGUUUCCCAAGGGAACUAAGCUCGACGGUAACUCAACGGUCACCAUUUGGUCGGCCUCCGCCAACCAGAAGGCAGAUCCUCCAGCGAGUUUGCUCAUGAAGGGUCAGUCGUGGAUCACCGGAGAUAACGUGAACACCAAGUUGCUCAAUCAGGAUGGCGAGGAAGUGGCCCAUGCCGAGCGGAUUAGAAUGAAGGCGAUGAGUGCCCCGACCGGACAUAAGGACAAGUAUUUUCUAGAGGAGGGAGGUGCAAGGCUGGGAGUUAAUAGAUCUGUUGGUGCCCGAUCACCGUUAUCGUCGAAAGGCGGCCAAGGCGAUAAGAAUGAUGAGCAGUGUGUAUUAAUGUAAGUCUAAAUUUGUAAUGUUUGUCGUGAAGAUUAAACUUGUAUUUUUCUGUUUUUUGCAACAUUAUGUAAAAGUGAAAUGGAAUGCUGUAGAUAGUAAGAAAAGAAUGGUAAAUUGGCAUUUAUUUGUAAUACGAAGAAGAUUUCAAAUAAAAUUUCAUAAUUUUAUGAUAAGUGAAACUGGUAA